GUUUUGACAACUGAUUUUACUGACAUUGACUUAUAAGAUUUGAUAAAAAUAAAACCCAAAAACUACCUCGAUAAUUUUUGUGUCGAACAACAUUCCUUCUUGAAAUUCGUUGGUUAUUGUAAUGAUUACGAUCGUGAUAUGAGAAAGUGUCUUAAAGCUGAGAGGCUGCAACGACAAAAACAAAAUUAUGAAGAGUCUAAGAUAAAACACGCAGCAAUUCGAGCUAGAAUAUUAGCACAACAAGAUAGAGAAAAGAACAUCUAAAUAUUCUUUAAAAACUCAGUUUUCUUGUAUUCACAUUUCACAAUGGUUUCUAACAUCUUGGAGUCCAUAGAUGCGGAUAGCAUUAUCAAUCAUAAGUCAUUUACAGAUAGAUAUUUUGCCAAAAGGUUUAUUGUAAAUUUCAAUGGUAUUAAGAAUAAUGACAUUAUGUUAAUGUUUCAUUCAAACAGAAUUGCUUUAUUAUGUCUUGCACCAAGCCAUUUCUUUUUUAAAAGUAAUAAAAAAUAUAAGCUGAACUUUUCAGUGGGCAAUGUUGAUAGGCUCAGUAAUUCUGUGAAAGGGAAAAGUAAGAAAGGUGGACAGAUGCUGACUCCUAAAUCUAUAAUUUGUAAAAUUGAGUAUGAAGAUGGUUCUGGCAUUGAUGUACCAUGUUGUAUGAAGAGUACUCUUAUAGAAGUCAAUGAAGAGUUAGUUGUGAAUCCAGAAUUAUUAAAGAAAAAGCCGGAUGCUGAUGGAUUUAUUGCUAUCAUGUUGUCAAGUAUUGCAAUAUCUGAUGCAACAAAAAAAGAACUUCUGACAUAUGAAGAUUAUGUAAAAAUAGUUAAUGAUAAUGCUAGUAGUACUUAAUUAGAUAAUAAAUUAUUUCAUUUGAA